AUGCCGCCAGAUAUGGAGGAGGAUCCAUCAGCCACCCCCCAUGCUGACUGGUUGGAUAUUGACAGUAUUAUACAAAGCUUCCUGUCAGGCCAAGGCCAGCCCAAUGAUCAAAUGAAUGUAUUGGAUACAGCCUUUCAACCGACACAAUACUCUUUCAACGAAGGCCAAGAACAUGUGGUGACAGGUCAUGGUAGCUUGGUACCACUCCCGACGCCUCAAAAUACACUAAGAAUCGCGUCGGAAAUGGACGGUACCAGACUUCAGGCCCCGGCGCAGAUUGGAGAGGCAAAUAGUAUUCCCAUGGCGAGUCUGGAUGAUCCCCUGUUUGGGUUCAAUGGAUCUGGUUUAGAUAGUAUCGAUGCUUGCCGUUGGAUAUAA